UCGACCCACAAGAAGAAGACGAGUUGUUGGAUUCGGAUUCCGCUCGCGCAUCAGUUGCCUUCUCCGAUCUCGAGGAAGACCUCGAUUGGGAUAUCGAGGACGACGCAGGCUCCGACGAGCCUCUCGUGCGCCGACGCCGGAGGGAUGACACACCAGGCGACCGCAGCUUAUGGGAAGUACGUCGCCGCUCGCACAGACUCUGAUACAGCUCAUCCCGCCGCUCGUCCUCGCACAUCCUCUCGCGCUCUUCCCAGCGCUCGCGGCCAUCCCACACGACUUCUUGCCGGCGGGCGUCGCCCUUUUUGUGCCCCUUCUCUGCGUCCUCGCUCUCCUCAGUGCAUGCGCGCACAUCGUCAUCGUAUAUCUCGGCUGGUACCUCAAAGUUCGCACAUUCGAGGAUGUGUUCGCUGCGUGUGCAGGCGAACGACUGGGUCCAUACGGCCUGCAGGUCGGGCGCGCUUUCGUCAUGGUCGCGACCAUGGGUGCAAGCGUAGGCUGGCUAGGAACCCUCUUCGGACUCCUCGAGCCCCUCGCGCGCACAUACCUUCCCGCUGGCGUGCUGCAGGCGCGCGUGUUUUGGGUGCUCGCUGCCAGCGUAACCAUGAUCCCUGCACUCGUCCCCUCAAGAACCUUCCGCAGCUUGAGGCGAGCGCCGUAUGUCCUGGCCACAUUGCUUCCGAUCGUCGCGUUUAUCGCCAUUGGGCGCACCGUUGAGAUUCGCAAGCUUAUGGACGAGGCAGCCCACAAGCCUGAACUCAGCGCGCGCGGUCUCAACGCCGGCUCUGCAGGCUCUGGUCUCACCUCCCUCGCUAUGUUCUUUACACCCCACCUCCAAAGCCUUUCGGUGCACACGACACUUCAAAGGAACAGCCGACAGCAGUUUUUUAUUCCUUGCUUCGCCACCACGCUCGCGCUUGUUCUUAUCUCUCUCCCCUUCGCCCUGGUGCCAUACUACCUCCUACCACCGGCCUCGACCGGUCUCGCCCAGCUCCCCCCCGACGAUGGUUGGACAAACGCCGCCCGCGUCCUCAUGGCCGCUCUCGUCCUCGGCAGCACAACCAGCUGGCUUCUUCGAGGCCGGGACUGUAUUCUUACGGCCCUGGACGUGGACAGAGGCGAAAGCAUCAAGGCCGGCCGCUGGGUCGGGCUGGGCAUGUGGGUCGCGGUCGUGGCCAUCGCAGCUCUGGGCGGGAUCGUGGCAGACAAGGUUGAGUUGCUGGGAGUGAUUGCAACGCUUGCUGUCGGUUGGCUCCUUCCUUCUCUCUUCUUCAUCAUCACGUUCCAUGUCCGCUCUCCACUUUCCAUCAUCUUCCCGCGUGACGUGCCACCUCCAUCUCUCGAAGAACCCCGCGCCAGUCCCAGCAAUGGGCACAUCCGCACAGUAUCUCUGGACAACCCCGCUACGGACGUACUUCUUGCUCGCAAGGAGCGCCAACUGCAGAAGCGCCGUCUGGGCCGUCGGCUGUGGCAGGACAUGGUCGUAUACGUGGGCAUCUUGCCUGUGGGAUGCGUCACACUGGUGUGGAGCGUAGGGUCCUUCCUCAGCUUGUGGUAGGCGCGUACAGCGACUCAAAGAGGACGAUGGAAGUGAGCAGAGCGUACUUCCGGGUCGCUGGUAAAACAAGACGAUAACUCUGGGCAAGGGCGAUAUGUUGCGGGACAAUGCAUGCUCUGUAUAUAUGCGUUGUCGCCAAUUCGAGGCGCCUCGCCGACAUGGCGUCGCCAACAUCGCUGCCCUCCGGCAGUGGCCUCGG